UCGGCACGGGACGUCACCUCCGGCGCGAGCGCGGCGGGCACGCUUACGACAUCCGCAGCUGGAUUUCCCGGCACGUCUAGAAAAGAAGGCCCCCCACAUGGGAGUGUGAAGAGCGCAGCGGCAGAGAGAUCCACCGGUCCAACCCGACAGAAACGAACCCACCAUGUACCGCCUGCUAUGCCUGGUUGCUGCUGCCACCGUGAUGGCGACGGCCGUCGAUCCCGAGCCCGAGGAUCGAUGGAAACUAGCCCGCGCCACCAACUUCCUCGGCCUGAACCUACUCAAGGCACUGCCAAGCAACGCCAAUACGAACGUAUUCUUCUCACCCUUCAGCGUGGCAACGGCCAUGGGCAUGGCGUACGCUGGCGCUCGCGGUGACACACUGGAACAGCUUACGCUCAACUUCGGUUACGCCGCCGACGAACUCAACGACCGGAAGGUCCUGGCACUGUUCAAGGAGCAGCUAGAAGCGGCGCGCGACUUGCCUCACGAAUACACGCUAGACAUCGCCAACGCAGCGGUAGCUCAAGAAGGCUACGGUGUCCUGCCCAAUUACACGGAGGCUCUGAUGAGCUCGUUUGGAGCCGAGUACCUCGAGGCCGACUUCAGCAAGAAGGGGCAAGAGGCCAUCGACAAGAUCAACAAGUGGGUCAGCGAAAAGACGCACGGAAAAGUUCGCAGCCUCUUCGACGAGCCGCCGGAUUUCUCCACCCGGCUCAUCCUGCUGAACGCCGUCUACUACAAGGGUACAUGGCUCUACGAGUUCAACAAAGUACGGACCAAACCACGCUCCUUCUACAACGGCGGCGUCACCAAGGUCCUAGUGCCCAUGAUGAAAAUGAAGUCGACGCUGAACCACACGUUCGACGCGUCGCUGAACGCAGACGUCGUGGAUCUGCCAUACGUUGGUACCGACAUCGCCAUGACCAUCCUGCUUCCAGCUGAGCGCAACGGUAUCGAACACCUCAAGUCGGCGCUCACCACUCAAAACCUGAACAAGGCCAUCGCCAGGAUGUACCCGAAAGACAUGAAGCUCAAGCUGCCAAAGUUCAAGCUGGAAACCAAGUACACGCUCAAGCCAACUCUAGAGUCACUGGGCAUCAAAAAGAUCUUCUCCGCAGACGCAGACUUGUCCGGGAUCAGCGGCGCCAAAAAUCUGUACGUCUCGGACGUGCUGCACAAGGCUGUGCUGGAGGUGAACGAAGAAGGCAGCGAGGCCGCGGCCGUGACCGGGUUUGUGAUCCAGCUACGCACGGCGGCGUUCGUAACGCCACCGCCGUUGCCAAAGGUCUACGUCGACCACCCGUUCAUAUUCCUCAUCCGAAACGUCAACACCAACAUUAUCAUGUUCCUGGGAGAGGUCAACGCCCUCUAAGUCACCGCGUCCCACUCGCUUAAGCCAUCAUAUCGUGCCAUUUCUCCUUCACUUUGUGGACUUCGCUGGUGACAAUGUAAAGUGUUGCCGCAGGACCUAACCGUGACCUCGGUGUGCUUUCCUUGUGCUGAAUGCAAGAUAUUAUAGAUAAGAACUGACUAUUUUCCUCAAUACCCUUAUCGUUUACAGCUUGUUUCUCAAAGGGCACGCUUUCAUUAGAUGUGGCAAAACUUUGAUGACACCUUUGAAGUAAUCUCCUUUUGUGUCUGGUAUUACUGACGCUGGGACUUAUUAAUCUACUUAUGUUACCCCUCCUUGUGCUUUAUAAUGCGCACCGAAACUUUAACAUCAAUGCAGGGCCAAAAAGGUUUAGUCUAGUCUUCCGGCACACGGCUUGAAUGCAUGUCAUACAGCGGUUCACCAUCCGCCCUCACUGCAUCGUCUCUGCAAGCCCUUCAUAAUCAUAGGAGCAUCAAGAAUUCGAUGUUGUGAGAAUGUUCAUGUUUGUGCGUGUUUAUAGCAUAUGUGUACAGCGUUGCAUCCGGACAAUUACGGGUCAAUAUACAGAUCACGGUCACAAUGCUGCGACAAUGCUGUGAAAUAAAAUGCGUAUCUAUCUUUCGUUUUACA